AUGGGUCCCCAAGCGGAAGAUGUCUUCCAAACCUUCAAUCUCAGUGACGAACAAACACGGGACUUCGACUACGUCUUGGGAAAGUUUGAAAACUACUUCCUCCCUCGUCGAAAUGUGAUCUAUGAACGAGUCAUCUUUAAUAGCAGGAUUCAGGGGGACUCGGAAUCAGCAGACGACUUCGCUACCGCUCUUUACAAACUCGCAGAAACGUGUGAGUACGCACUCAAGGAUGACCUUAUGCGUGACCGUUUCGUCGUGGGACUACGUGACAAACGACUUUCAGAAAAGUUGCAGCUAGACUCUGCAUUAACGUGGGAAAAGGCUCUCACAACUGCACGACAGAAUGAAGCAGAAAAACAGCAGCAAGCUGAGAUUCACCCAGUUACUGAUAGCACAGAAGUAGGCCACGUAGCUACCAAACGUGUCGGCAGAAGGUCACACCCUGCGCAGAGGGAGCAGCAACAGCAAUCUACACCGGUGAAUGGCAAAAGAACUAUGAUCAAGCAGCGAACUUGCGGUUGGAGUGGGCGAUUACGUCAUCUUAGAAACUCUUGCCCUGCAAGGAACGUCACUUGCAAUAAAUGCCAUAAAGGAGGCCCCUUCGCAGCAGUUUGUCGAUCAGAGAAACGGGCAAGCGCAAUUCAAGGUUUUGUGGGAGUCGCCACAUCAACUUCCUCAUCAAAAUGGGACCUGGACGUUUUGGUCAACGGAAUUUCACUACCGUUCCGCAUCGACACGGGAGCAGACGAGUCUGUGCUGACAGAGACAGUCUUCAACGAACACUUCCCGGGACUAAAGCUUCGUCAAUCACUUCGGACACUGUGUGGCCCCGACGGAAAGCCCUUAAACGUCGUGGGAAUGGCUACCCUACAGCUUAUUUGCAAAAAUUUAUUUAAAAAUUAA